GUCAGGUUGGACCGGAUGUAGUUACAUCAAACACAAUCCCUCCUGCACACAGGACAUGUAAGUUAUUUUGCCAGUUGCCUCGUCAAAUUGACUAUCUCUGUGUGUUUACCAUAUUUUCAGUAACUAUGGGCAGUUUAACAGUUAUGUUCGCGUGUUCUGCUAAGACCUUGAAGAUGAUCAAAAAUAACUCACAUGCAAUUUAUUUCAAGAGGACUCUAUUGCCACGACUGCCUCUCUUCAAACAAUCAGAAGGCAAGUGUAUCAACUUUGGUCGACUGUCAAGCUCCACAGCUGCCAGUGCAGCGAAGGGAGAGGACUCCUUCCUCAAAUGGCUCCUGCUUCUGAUCCCUGUCACCACAUUUGGUCUUGGGACAUGGCAGGUGAAACGUCGAGAAUGGAAAAUUAAGUUGAUUGCAGAACUGAGAAGUCUUACUUCCGUUGAACCCAUUCCUCUUCCUAUUGAUCCUCUGGAGUUGAACAAUCUGGAGUACAGGAGAGUAAAGGUGCGUGGGCACUAUGACCACUCCCAGGAGAUGUACAUCUUACCACGCUCACCUGUCGACCCAGAGAAAGAGGCAAGGGAGGCAGGCCAGCUGUCAUCCAGUGGAGAUACUGGAGCCAAUGUCAUUACCCCGUUCUACUGCAGUGACCUAGGGAUCACGAUCCUUGUAAACAGAGGAUAUGUUCCUAGGAAGAAGAUCAAACCAGAAACCAGGAUGAAGGGACAGGUGGAUGACGAGGUUGACCUGGUAGGUGUGGUGAGGCUGACAGAGAUCCGCAAACCCUUUGUGCCACAAAAUGACGUGGAGCGCAACCGCUGGCACUACCGCGACCUGGAGACAAUGGCUAGAGUCACAGGGGCUGAGCAGAUCUUCAUCGAUGCUGACCUGGCCAGCACAAUUCCGGGUGGACCUAUAGGAGGACAGACCAGAGUCACCCUAAGGAAUGAACAUAUGCAGUACAUUAUGACGUGGUAUGGUCUCUGUGCAGCAACCUCUUACAUGUGGUAUGCCAAGUUCAUCAAAAGGAUUGUGUAAAACACCCCGCAAUGGCUUGAGUAGUGGAAAUUAAGUUUGUCAUGAAUAUACCACAGCAGUAUAGUAGCUGCUGUAGGUAUUUAAUGUCUAGGUUCUAUUUGACAAAUGUACACUUACAAAUGCAACAUGUAAAGUUGGUUUCAUGAGCUGAAUGAAAUAAAGACCCCAGAAAUUUGA